UCAGUUCCCCCUUCCCUGUAAAUGGAGAUAGUGAAGUUGUUAUCGUUGGAAUCACAGAAUUGCAUGUUAGGAGCGGCAAAUGCUAAUAAGGCCGAAGCAUCUUCUUCUUUCUUCUUCUUCAUAUAUCUCUGAUUCUGAUUAAUGACAACCCACCUGAAAAAGCGCGAAACUUUUCUCUUGCUUUUUCAUACACCCAUCUAAUUAUCGCUCCCUCCUUGUUGACUUCCACUUAGAGUUGCAGCCUUCCCAAAAUUAUAAACCAAACGUUCCCCACUAAACAUAAAGAAAAUCAUAAAGUUAUGGCCAAGGAGCAAAAGGAAAACCAUGCUGCUGCAAUCAUCUCCCCUCUCCAGGAGAAAGAGGAAGAGAAAGAGCUCGAUCUCGGAUCUGACGAGGCUGACCUCCCUCUUCCCCUCACCGUCACUUCCCGGGUGUUGUACAUGUUGGGAGACAUAGCUGCAGGUCCUGCUUUUAGAUUCACCCAAUGGUUGGAAUUGGUUCGUAAACGAAGCGCCAGAUACGGAUCCUCUGGUUUCCCACACCGCCCUCACAGGGUCGACAGUAUGCCAUAUAGUGCAGAAGAAUCACUUGUUGAUUCCAGAGGUCCUCUGCCUGCUGAGCAAGCUCCUGGCAUCAGUUUGUGGGAAAGACUUGGCAAAAUUAAACUGCUAGAUUUUGUUUCUAGCUUAUAUUUCUGGGACCUGAGACUCUUGAAGAAUCUUUUCCAUUUUUCGGGCUCGUCAUAUUCUUUUUAAUUGCUUAUAUAGGUAACUGUGAAUUCCGGGGGUAUUGUUUUCUUUGCGUUAUUCACCCAACAUGGCAGCAGUGAUGCUUCUCCAAAAGAGGCAGCAGCUGUUAUAAAAUUUUCAUCAUCAAGGAUGGCCACACAAUCAGAACGCCUUGGUUACGAAUUUGCAAAGUGGCUAGGAGUGCGAACUCCUCAGGCUAGAGUAAUCCAUAAUUCCAGCCCAGAAUGGCUCCAGAUUAAGGAAGCUGCAGACAACGCAAGAGCUACAGCAGCUUCAGAAGGAGAUGAGGUUGGCGAAAUGACAUGUUCAGAACUUUCAGAGGCUCUUGAACUCAGUCGUUGCCUUCUCUUGAUGAGUUAUGUUCAUGGAUCUCCUUUAUUGGAAAGUGCAAGUGCCUUUGAGACACGUGAAAGUGCAGAAAAAGUUGCAGCAGCUCUUGGAAGGGUUUUGAUGUUGGACCUUGUGAUCAGAAAUGAAGAUAGACUCCCUUGCCGUCAACUAAGAUGGCGUGGAAACCCAGCAAAUCUACUGCUGACUGACAAACUGGCUUCUGCAAAUACGGAUACCGUGGAGGAAGCCUUUGAUUCUUCAAUUAAACGCUAUCAACCAGGGGUUUUCAGAGCUAUUCAAAAGGAAAGAAGGGCCACUUCUGUGGAUAGUAGAUUUAACUCUCAUAAUCAAGGAUUGGUAUCGCAGCUUUCUGACCUUUCUGAUAUUAUUGAAUCACCAAAAUCUAGUGACAUGGGCAUUAGAAGUCCAUCAUCUGAUGAUUUCAUGCUUUGUCAGUCACAAAUUGUAGCUAUAGACUCUGGUGUUCCUCGUAGGCCUCCAGCUGGAAAACGUGCAAAUGACCAAACGAAUUAUCCAAAAUUGGUUCAGUUACUUCUCAACAGUAGUAAAUACUCCUCUAAUUUGCUACAUGAAAUAACAGGAGGAAAAUUAGGAUCUCCUCUAUCAGAAGAUGCUGACAUGAAUUCUACACGAGCAACUGAAAUAACCUCAGAUAUUCGAGAAUUUCGCACUGGUUUCCGUGCAGCUCUAAGAGAUCUACAAGGAUUCCAUAUAUUCCUACUUACCCUUCACCAAAAAUUAGAUGGCUUAUUACGAGUGUUUUUGAAUAUUAUAAAUAAGACAUUGUCGGGGGACUUUGACAAGGAGGAAUUUUCAGUUCUUGAGUCACCAUCACAAGCUGCAACUUCUUGUGGACAUUGUCCAUCUCCCCCGAGCAAGGAACGGGUCCUCGGCGAUAACCAUCCAGAUUACAGUGAUUUAGAUUUGCAGAGAACAACAGUUAGGUCGUCGUCAUCUUCAGAAAAUAAAGAAAGCUCGGACUUUAGUUCUCCCAUGUCAAGGGAAAGCUGGCAUGGAAAGUUCCAUAAAGGGAGUGGGGAGCCCCUUCGCAGUCUGCGUUUAACAACAAAGCUCAGAGAUUUCCACAAAGUUGCCAAGGUUGAUGCUGAAUCAAAUAAAGAACUGGAACAAUGGACGGAAAUGCUAAGGAAUGAAGCAGUGAAGCUCUGCCAAGAGAAUAAUUUCAAUACAGGAUUUUUUGAGGGGAGUGAUAAUAACAUUUGCGUCGAUGCUUAUGAGUUGAAGGUCAGGCUUGAGCACAUUCUUGAAAGGAUAGCAUUGAUAUCUGAAGCAGCUAAUACAGAGAAGCCAUCUGCAAUCUCAAGUAGCCUAUUUAUUGGUGGAGCCCUAGCUGCAAGAUCUGUUUAUACACUUCAAUAUUUGGGAAUUACUCAUAUAUUGUGUUUGUGCUCCAACGAAAUUGGGCAAUCAGAUUCUCAGUAUCCUGAUCUCUUUGAAUAUAAAAAUUUUUCUAUAAGUGACAAUGAAGAUACGAAUAUCAGCAGCAUCUUUGAAGAAGCUUCAGAGUUUAUUGACCAUGUGGAACAAAUAGGUGGGAAGGUUCUAGUUCAUUGCUUUGAAGGCAGAAGUAGAAGUGCAACAUUAGUGAUAGCAUACUUGAUGCUCAAGAAGAACUUUAGUCUGCUAGAAGCAUGGAAUGCCUUAAAGCGAGUUCACCGCAGAGCCCAGCCGAAUGAUGGAUUUGCAAGGAUCCUACUGAAUCUUGAUCACAAACUAUAUGGGAGGAUGUCUAUGGAAUGGCAGCAUAGAAGACCAAUGAUGAAAGUGUGUCCUAUCUGUGGAAAGAAUGCUGGUCUGAGUAGUAGCUCACUUAAGCUUCAUUUGCAGAAAUCACACAAGAAACUAUCAUCAGGGAGUGUGGAUAGUGCCAUGAAUAUGGAGAUACAGAAGGCUUUGGAGGCACUCAAGUUGAGUCGGGGUUCAAGUGUCAGUCCUACAAACCGACAAUCUCAUGCAGCUUAUAAUGGCUAGCAAUACCCGAUACUUCGCUCUUUGUAGUGCUCAGUGAGCACCCACUGAGUAAAAAAAAAAAUUUCCUGCUGCUUUUCUGGGUCAUAAGAACUCAAACAUCUUGUUCAUAUAUGUAUAUGUUGAUUAUGAAAACGCCUUGAAUAUCGUAUUCUCAUCUAGAACAUUAUCUGUUAGGCUUCCUAAACCAUAUUAGUUUAAAAAAUAUAAGAUGAAUCCAACCAAAAUCAUAUUAGUCUGUUAGUGUCUUGUACUUGGAUGACGCAUUGAAUUGAAACAGCUGCCAGUUAGAGA